UGUCAAGCUUGCCUUGAACGUUCGCCUAGAUCAGAGAUACUGUUAGCACCAUGCGGUGACAGAUAUUGCACAGGCUGCAUGACCACUCUCUUCGAGAAUGCUAUCCUUGAUGAGGCUAUGUACCCGCCUCGCUGCUGUGGUCAGACCAUUACUCUUGAUUCUGUUCGAUCCAUCAUCACUUCCGAUCUGGCUGUCACUUUCACCAAAAAAGCUAUGGAGUUUGACACGACUAACAGGACAUACUGUUCCAAUUCUGCCUGCAGUCAAUUCAUCCCCAACGAGCGUAUCAAUGAUGAUGUGGCUGUCUGCGAUGCAUGCAACCAACGUACUUGUUCAAUCUGUAAAGGCAAUGCUCACCACGACGAUUGUCCCGAGGACGAGACCACUCAACUCACUCUCCAGCUCGGCGAGACUCAGCAAUGGCAGCGCUGUAAUGACUGCCGAAGUCUUGUCGAACGCUCUGCGGGUUGUAAUCAUAUUACUUGUCGAUGCCGCGCUGAAUUCUGCUAUAUCUGCGCAGCGCCUUGGAGGACUUGUUCGUGUCCUCAGUUUGGCGAG